UUGAAUAGAAUAACAGUUAAAAAAUGUUGACUAAUAUACAAAAUGUUAGUUCUCAGUUAAUGAAAUCACCAAAAGAAUUAGCAUCAUGGAAUUUUCCUUUAUCACAGAUAUUAGAGGAAUAUUUCAAUUUACUGCCAGAACCAUGUAAAAUUCAUUAUGGUGAAGCAGCUCUCAUUAUUCAGAAUUCUGUAAAUGCCUAUGUGCGUAGAGUAGAAGAAGUAUAUGAUGAAACAAGAUAUUUAAGUCAAAAAAUAGUUGUAGAAUUAAAAGAAAGCGAUGAAAAGCACUUUCAAAAAGAGCAAAAAUCAAAAAGGUGUUUAAUCGAUUUUACUCAAUUCGAAUUAAUUGAUUUUGAUCAAGAAAUCGGAAAAAAUAUUAAUUUAAAAAAUCACGAACGAAAAUCAAUGAAGUUUAUGCAUCGCUGCUUUUCACAAUUGCAGAAUUCUCAUGCAAGAUUAUAUAUUGAUGUCUUUGAUAAACAAGGUGAAGCUAUCGGGAAAAAAUAUGAUUUUCGAUGCAAUCAACAAAUAAUUAAAAAUGGAACAUUAGUUGAAGAAUUUACUCCGAAAGAUUUUGAAAAUAUUAUUAUUACUGAGAGUAGUAUUUAUGCAUCGUCUACCAUACUGGAAAAAAAUAUAAAAAUUCAUAAAACGAAACAAUUGUUAUCAAAUAAUAUAAGAGAUGAAUUUCAAAAAGAAAGUAAUGGAUGUAAUGUAAAUGUAUAUAAUAACUCAGUAGAAAAUUGUCAACCAUCCUCAGAAGAUGCAGGAUGUUUUAAUAUAUAUCACAAUGAAUCACAAAACUCAGAUAAUUGUACAUUACUUGAUAGAUUGGAUCAAAUAACAGUACAAUUUUCAGCAAACGAUAACGAUGACGAAGACUUUUAUAGUUGUGAUAAAAAUUUCGAUAAUACUGAAACUUACAAUGACUGUCAUAAUUUAAUUGAAGAAACAAAUGCUUCAAAUGUUAAAAUACAAUUUGUAAAUAAUGGCUAUAAAUUUAAUUAUUUAUUUCAAGAAAAUCAAACAAUAAGUGAUGAAAAUAAAACAAAUACAUCUAGUACAAAACUUAAGACUGUAUUUGAUAAUGGAAUCACUAUAGAGAAAAAUAAACAAGUUAUAAAAAAUUAUUGUAAACGUAGAAAUAGUGAAAAUACCAAUAAUGAAUCUGUUGAUACGCAAAGUAGUUCAAAUUUUGAAUUGAGAAGAAGCAAAAGACUUAAACAAACAAAUAUUUUAAAUAACACUAUAUUUAAUGAUGAAAAUUUAUUAAAACCAAUACCUUUUAAAGAUGGAAUUCCAGAAAAAUUAAUGAAAAGCAGAAAAGAAUUUCGAUUACCAUGUCAUAUAAAUCUUUUAAGACGUACUCCGAAACGUAAAGUUAUAAAGGCAAAAAGUAAAUUAUCAGAACAAUCAUGUAAAGAAACAUUUGAAAAUAAUAUUAAUCAAGAAGAUUGUAUAAUUAAAAAUAUGAAAAUGACAUUAUAUUCUCCUUCACGGUCUCAAUUUCUAACAAUGAAAGAAGAAGAUUAUAAUGGAUUUAAAAAAUCUCUCGAUGAAACAUUUAACGCAAAACAUUUUGCUGUUAAUUAUGAUCCAGUAACAACAUUAACAAUGGACCUUUUAGGUUUUCAUUUAAAUUAUACAAAGGAUGAUUCUCAUUUAAAAUUUACCAAAAGAAUGCGGACAAAUAACUCAAGCUUUCUAUCACCACAAUGCACUCCCUCAUCAUCACCUCUUCCUGAUAAUAUUACACCACCAGUAUCGCCGAAUUUAAAUCUCAUGUCAUCAGAGACAAAUUUUGAUAAACAAGAUACAAAUCGUAUAAAAUCUGUAUAUAAUUACGAAAAAAUAGUAAAACAUAAGAUAAAAAAAAUUUAUGAAGAACUUGAUUUGCAAACUGAUGAAGAUGAAACUGUAAUUAGAUGGCAUAAAGAAAUUAAACCAAGAUUAAUAGAAGCUGAGCGCAAGCCACCUUUUCGAAUUCACGAAUAUGAAUCACGAAUUAUAAGAAGAUUGGAAUCGUGUGAUCGUAAACUUGAAUUUGAUGAAAUAGUUCGUGAAGAACCUCCUUGUGAAGUUGCUCGAUAUUUUUCUGCUACUUUACAAUUGGCCAGUACAAAUAAUCUUAAUAUAAAUACUAAUGAAGAUCUUAAUAAAAGUAUAGAACUUAUAUUACUUGAUUGAAUGUUUUUAUACGAGUACUUUUAAAACUGUAGUAUAAUUCAAUUUAAAAUUAUACAUUAUAUUAU